UCCCCGUCGCUCCCUGCGCAAGCGCCGCUCCUCCCUCCAUUUCGCCGCCGCGGGGCGCUGCUCUGCCUUUCCUCCUUCAGCUCCCCGUCCUUCGGUGUAGGGCUGAGGAGAGGCGUGGUAGCUCGGAUCUCCGAGUGUUUCCGAUGCUGUUCGGCGCCUCCCCGCCGCGCUUGAAGAUGGCGGCUGGGAUUGGCGGGGCGGCGGCGGCAGUUAUGCAAACGAUGCCGUCGGCAGGCAGCGCCAGAGCCGGCUGAGCGGGGAGGCGACUGGGGCUGCGCCGCCGUCCGUCCUCCGCCUCCCUCUCCUCCUCCUUCUCCCCUUCCUCCCCGCCCCCCCCGGCCCCUGCCUCGCCCCGGCCCGGCAUGGACGUUGGCGCUGCGCGGUGCCGCUGAGCGGGGCCGCCCGGCGCAGACGGGGGGGGGGAAAGAUGUCGGACACUAAAGUGAAGGUGGCCGUUAGGGUCCGGCCCAUGAACAGGAGAGAGCUGGAGCUGAACACCAAGUGCGUGGUGGAGAUGGAGGGCAACCAGACCGUGCUGCACCCGCCGCCUUCCAACAGCAAGCAGGGAGAAAGAAAACCACCUAAGGUGUUUGCCUUUGAUCACUGCUUCUGGUCCAUGGAUGAAUCAAACACUACGAAAUAUGCAGGUCAGGAAGUGGUGUUCAAGUGCCUUGGAGAAGGAAUUCUUGAGAAGGCCUUUCAGGGAUAUAAUGCUUGUAUUUUUGCCUAUGGACAGACUGGUUCAGGAAAAUCCUUUUCAAUGAUGGGUAAUGCAGAGCAGCUGGGUCUGAUCCCACGGCUCUGUUGUGCUUUAUUUCAGAGAAUCUCUGUGGAAGAAAAUGAAUCUCAUACUUUUAAAGUUGAAGUGUCCUAUAUGGAAAUCUACAAUGAGAAAGUCAGGGAUCUGCUUGACCCGAAAGGGAGUCGGCAGUCUCUUAAGGUUCGAGAGCACAAAGUGUUGGGACCAUAUGUAGAUGGCUUGUCUCAGCUGGCUGUUACGAACUUUGAGGAUAUUGAGUCAUUGAUGUCGGAGGGAAACAAAUCACGAACAGUUGCUGCAACCAACAUGAAUGAAGAAAGCAGCCGCUCUCAUGCUGUAUUCAACAUUAUAGUGACUCAGACACUUUAUGACCUACAGUCUGGUAAUUCUGGAGAGAAGGUUAGCAAGGUCAGCCUGGUGGAUUUGGCUGGUAGUGAGAGAGUGUCCAAAACAGGAGCUGCAGGAGAACGUCUAAAGGAAGGCAGCAACAUAAACAAAUCCCUUUCAACGCUUGGGUUGGUUAUAUCAUCGCUUGCUGAUCAAGCAGCAGGGAAAGGGAAGAAUAAGUUUGUGCCUUACAGAGACUCUGUGCUUACUUGGCUUCUCAAGGACAAUCUGGGAGGAAACAGCCAAACUGCCAUGAUAGCCACAAUUAGUCCAGCAGCAGACAAUUAUGAAGAAACACUGUCUACUUUAAGAUAUGCAGACAGAGCCAAAAGGAUAGUUAAUCAUGCUGUGGUGAACGAAGAUCCAAAUGCUAGGGUCAUCAGAGAAUUACGUGAAGAAGUUGAAAAACUGAAAGAACAGCUCUCACAGGCUGAGGCCAUGAAGGCACCAGAAUUGAAGGAGAAACUGGAAGAAUCUGAAAAGUUAAUAAAAGAAUUAACGGUCACCUGGGAAGAAAAGCUAAGGAAAACAGAAGAAAUUGCACAGGAAAGACAAAGACAGCUAGAGAGCAUGGGAAUUUCCUUAGAGUCUUCAGGUAUAAAAGUUGGGGAUAACAAGUGCUUCCUGGUUAAUUUGAAUGCAGACCCAGCUCUCAAUGAACUCCUGGUCUACUACUUAAAGGAUCACACAAGAGUUGGUGCAGAUACCUCUCAGGAUAUACAGCUCUUUGGUAUAGGAAUCCAGCCUGAACACUGUGAGAUUGAUAUCGCUUUAGAUGGAGAAGUCACACUCACACCAAAAGAAAAUGCAAGAUCCUGUGUUAAUGGUACACUGGUAUGUUCUGUCACUCAGUUAUGGCAUGGAGAUAGAAUAUUAUGGGGAAACAACCACUUUUUUAGAAUCAAUUUGCCAAAGAGGAAGCGACGAGAUUGGCUGAAAGACUUUGAGAAAGAAGCUUUGUUAGGAGAGCAUGAUCUGGAUGCAGCCAGUGAAGCUUCUUCAGAACCAGACUACAACUAUGAGUUUGCUCAAAUGGAAGUUAUUAUGAAGACACUGAAUAGUAACGACCCAGUACAAAAUGUGGUACAGAUCUUGGAGAAACAGUACUUGGAAGAGAAGCGGAGUGCUCUCGAAGAGCAGCGGCUGAUGUAUGAACGCGAGUUAGAGCAGCUGCGGCAGCAGCUCUCUCCAGAAAGGCAGCAUCAGCAUGGGAGCGACAGACUCUCCUACACUGCUCAGACUGCACAGCAGAAAGUAAAUCUGUGGACAGAAGAGAGGGAUGAAUUGUUUCGACAGAGCCUGGCUAAACUUCGAGAGCAGAUAGUGAAAGCAAAUACACUGGUGAGAGAAGCAAACUUCUUAGCAGAAGAAAUGAGUAAGCUGACAGAUUAUCAAGUAACGCUUCAAAUCCCCGCUGAAAACCUCAGUGCCAACAAAAAGAGAGGAGCAAUAGUGAGUGAGCCUGCUAUUCAAGUGAGAAGAAAAGGAAAGGCUACUCAAGUGUGGACUAUUGAGAAACUGGAGAACAAACUGAUUGACAUGAGAGAUCUCUAUCAAGAGUGGAAGGAGAAAAUUCCUGAGAUAAGGAAGCUCAUUGGCAAAAGAGGUGAUCCUUUUUAUGAAGCACAAGAGAAUCACAACCUAAUUGGUGUGGCAAACGUGUUUUUGGAGUGCCUUUUCUAUGAUGUUAAGCUGCAAUAUGCUGUGCCUAUCAUCAGCCAGCAGGGGGAGGUUGCAGGACGGUUGCAUGUUGAAGUAAUGCGAGUCACUGGGUCUGUCCCAGAACGUGUGGUAGAAGGAGAUGAUUCAUCUGAGAACUCCAGUGAGAGUGGGAGUCUGGAAGUCAUGGAUAACAAUGGCGAAAUUAUUCACAGAGCAAAAAAGCUCUCCUGUAGGGUGAAAAUAAAAGAAGCAACCGGACUGCCACCUAAUCUCUCCAACUUUGUCUUUUGUCAAUACACUUUUUGGGAUCAAUGCGAGUCAACAGUAGCAGCACCAAUUGUAGAUCCAGAUGUGCCUUCACCUCAGAGCAAAGAUGCUCAUUUUACAGUGACCUUCUCUCAUUGUAGGGACUAUGUGGUGAAUGUCACAGAGGAGUUUUUGGAGUUCAUCUCAGAAGGAGCUCUUGCUAUUGAGGUGUGGGGUCACAGAUGUACAGGCAAUGGCACUUCUGUUUGGGAGGUUGAUUCUCUUCAUGCUAAAACUAGGACACUGAGAGACAGGUGGAAUGAAGUCACUCGAAGAAUAGAAAUGUGGAUUUCCAUACAAGAAUUGAAUGAGAUGGGAGAAUAUACUGCAGUUGAACUCCAUCAGGCAAAGGAUGUAAACACAGGGGGGAUUUUCCAGCUUAGGCAGGGUCAUUCUCGCAGAGUUCAGGUGACAGUGAAACCCGUACAACAUUCAGGAACGUUGCCUCUCAUGGUAGAAGCAAUUCUCUCAGUCUCUAUAGGUGGUGUGACUGCCAGAUCAACCAAAUUGCAAAGGGGCUUGGACAGCUAUCAGAAGGAGGAGGAUGAUGGUGGUGAUAUGGAUAGUUACCAGGAAGAAGACUUAAACUGUGUACGAGAAAGAUGGUCUGAUGCACUGAUAAAACGUAGAGAAUACUUAGAUGAGCAGAUUCAAAAGAUCAGCAAUAAACAAGAAAAAUCUGAGGAUGAUAUAGAACGAGAAGCUCGGCUGGUAGAACAGUGGAUAGGGCUGACGGAAGAAAGGAAUGCGGUGUUUGUUCCAGCACCAGGCAGUGGAAUCCCCGGAGCACCUGCAAAUUGGAUUCCACCUGCAGGAAUGGAAACACAUAUACCCGUCCUCUUCCUUGAUUUGAAUGCUGAUGACCUCAGUGCUAAUGAACAGCUUAUAGGUCCCCAUGCAUCAGGAGUUAAUUCAAUACUACCAAAGGAGCAUGGGAGUCCAUUCUUUUAUCUGCCGAUCAUAAAACACAGUGAUGAUGAGGUUUCAGCCACUGCUGCCUGGGACUCUUCUGUCCAUGAUUCAGUGCAUCUGAAUAGAGUAACUCCCCAGAAUGAGAGGAUUUACCUAAUAGUGAAGACUACUGUGCAGCUCAGCCAUCCUGCUGCAAUGGAACUGGUCUUACGGAAAAGGAUUGCAGCCAAUAUUUAUAACAAGCAGAGUUUUACCCAGAGCCUGAAAAGGAGGAUAUCCUUGAAAAAUAUAUAUUAUGCCUGUGGAGUGACCUAUGAAAUAGUAUCUAAUAUACCAAAGGCUACAGAAGAAAUUGAGGAUCGUGAGACCUUAGCACUGAUGGCUGCAAGGAGUGAGAGUGAGGGAACAUCCGAUGGUGAAACUUACAUUGAAAAAUACACACGUGGAGUACUGCAAGUGGAGAACAUUUUGAGUCUUGAACGACUAAGACAGGCAGUUACAGUCAAAGAAGCACUCUCUACCAAAGCAAGAAACAUCCGCAGAAGCAUGAGCACACCAAAUGUCCACAAUGUAUCCUGUAGCCGACUAGAUCUUUCUGCCUGUGAUGAAGAUGAUAAGGGUUGGUCUGAAAGUCACCUGGAUAUGUCUGACUGUUCUUCCAGUUAUCAGGAUGUAUCAUGCUAUGGUACUUUACCCAGGGAGUCACCACGCAAGAACAAAGAUGGCAGUGGUAUUGCAUCAGAGAAUUCCCAUGCUUUAAUGACCAGCCCUUUUAAAGCAUUUUCUCCUCAACCACCCAAGUUUUUCAAACCCUUAAUGCCUGUGAAAGAGGAACAUAAAAGGAAGACCCCACUUGAAAGUCGACCUCUGCUUAGUCAGGAGAGUAUGCCUUCAUCUCAGGUGCAUUGUGCUGGCUGUGUUGUGCCUUCAGGAAGUAAUGCCAACAGCAUGCCUGUAGAAAGCAAUAGCAUACAUGAGGAAAAGAUUGACUCUGAGGAGGAAGACAGUGAGUUGGAGGCCAUUCAUAAAAAACUGAUAAGUCCACAAAGCUUUAAAAAUUUCCGACCUUAUGUACCAGAGGAAUUUGCUGACUUCAGUGUUUACAAUGCUAGCCUGGAAAACAGGGAGUGGUUUUCUUCUAAAUCAGACUUCAUGAGUUCACGUGUUCUUGAGAAAGAGGUAUCCCGCAGCCCCACCACUAGCAGUAUCACUAGUGGCUAUUUUUCCCACAGUGCCUCUAACGCUACUCUGUCUGACAUGCUUAUUCCCUGUAGUGAUAGCACAGACCAACUAGCCUGUCACACAAAGGAAUUGGACUCUAAUGAGCCUUCAGGAUCAUCUCUUGCACAUGAUAUGAGAUCUUCUUUGAACAAGGAAUUUUGUGAGGCAGAAAAGGAGUUAGCGAGAGAAAAGUUACCUGCGUUACCACUGAAAGAAAACAGUGCCUUAACGGAACAAGUUCCGCUGUCCCUCAAUGCCACUGACAAAGGCUCUCAGCAGUUACCCAGAGCUGGAUCGUUUUCAGCUCUAAGCUCCUCAGAUGGCAGAAAUACCUGUCAUACAAUUGAAUUUUCAGCACGUGAAGCUACGGUUGAGCACACAAUGGAGAUUGUUGAAGAUCACUCAUUUACAGAGUUUAUGGGUGUUGAAGAUGGAAAAGACUUUGACCACUCGGCAUCUCCACAACCCUGUUCCGUUGUGUCCUCCAAUGGAGUGAGCACCUCGGAGUUAUCCCUAGGAAAUGAUAAGGAGCAGGAUGCGUGUGGGGGCCAGCUGGGCUCUGCAGCAGCAGGCAGUCAGCUUGCAAAUGCUGUGGGAAGGCCUUCGUUAGUAAAAGAGACUUCAGACUGUGAGACUUAUCCUGAUAUUUCCAUAGAUGAUUUUACUGGAAAGGACCACUUGGAUGGGUCCGACUGUGAAGACAGUGCUUCUGCAGAGCAAGCCCAUGUCUUGCCUAGCUGGGUGGCAGUGGGUGAACAAGUCUGUGUUGGAAGCAAUAAGGUGGGCACAGUGAGAUACGUUGGAACUGUGGAUUUUUCAUCUGGAAUCUGGGUUGGAGUUGAACUGAACGUUCAGUCAGGGAAGCACGACGGGACUGUCAAAGGCAGAGAGUACUUCCAAUGCAAGCCACGGCACGGGGUGUUUGUUCGCCCCGGGCGCCUCAGUAAGGCACCAGCAUCCACGAGGAAAUGCAGCAGCACUUCGUGGUCUCAGGCCUCUUCCACUUCAGAGAAACGGAGGAGUUCUGUACUUCAGGGCUCAUCAUCCACUCCUAAAGCAGGAGAAGGCCUCUGUCAUUCGGGAGAUGCAGCGGCUUCUGCUUUUUCUAGGAAGCAAGAGAACAGGAAAUCGUGGAUUAACUGAACUGCAGUAUUUUUGCACUUACUACACAUAUCACUGUGUGGAAAACUUUAUGGAUUUUUGAAGCUAUUGUACAUUUGAAUCUGUCCAUACAGAAGGCGUAUUCUCUAGGGUCCCUGACUUCUCUAAUUUUUUUUUUCUUUUUUUUAUAAAUAAUAUAUAUUAUAUAUAUGUGAAUGUGUAUCUAUAGUUUGUCUGCCAGUGGGCAGAUAUGGCUGCACACUAAAAUACGGUUAAAGCUGAUGUGUAGAUAAUUGAGGUACUGGACUAUUUGUUAUGCAUCAACAUGGGAGAUAUAUUUUAAACAACUGAAAGUAUUUUAUUGUGGACAAACGGGCUGUAAAUCCGUGUUUGGAAGAAACUGCGGUUUGCUGUUUUUCAUUACCAAAGAACUCGUUUUAGACUGACACCUUUGCUGUUUAUAUCUUUCUAUUGUAAAUGUUUUAACUGAUAAUGUGGUGCCAUUUUUCCUUUCAGUCACGGGGCACCGAGCAGCCUUAUGUUCUCUGUUUAAGCACACUGAAAUAUCCAACUGCUUCGUAUUUCUUGUCUUCCUAGAGGCCUGCCACUGUGCUGAACUGGCAGUGUAUGAGGUGACUGACAGUGCCCAAAGCUGUUUGUUAGUCUGGUAUUGUGUGUGUUACCAUCAACCAGCCGGGCAGUUUGACUGCAGAAACAGUAUUACUGCAAGGGGGUGAUACGACAACACUUUGGGGUUGGUCUGGGGAGUCUUAAGGGGAACCUGGGGGGUGGGGGAGGGUGUAAGCAGGGAAAACAAAACACAGUAGAUGGAUUGUGACUGCAGAUUUUGCACUUGUUACUUGCCGGUUAUUAUCAAGAUGAAAUAGAACCUGCGAAAGUAAUUUUAAUCUGUAUAGUUAAUGUUAAUAAUGGGAAUGAUGGAGGGAUUUGUGUCUGGUGCUCAUGAAUUCCUGCGAAGGUUGUUCCACAUGUAGAUACUGUAGAUGCCUGUACAAGUGUUCUGGAUGUUUGUAAAGUAACACGGUAAAAAAAAAUGAGUGAUGUGAGUGGCCUGCUGUACCUGUUCUUUGUUCUGAGCAAGUGAGUGACUGAGAUACCUGGGACCUUAUGACAAGCUGCUGUUCUUUCUCUGAUUGUUGUGUACAGUAAGCGGACUCUAGUGUGUUACUAUUUACUGUAAAGAACUGUAAUUUAUAUACUGCCAAUGCUGUAUUUAAUUGGUACAGACCUAUUGUGUGUUAGAAUACAGACUGUUUACUUGGGAUUUUAAAGACAUCGUUUUGCUUAUAUUUGAUACAUUUAGGUUCCGUGGUCACAUAAGAAGCUUAAUGCCAUUACUUGCUGAUGGUGCUCAGAUGCAAAAUACUUUGUAUAAACGCUGAAGGACUGCAAUGGGAGUGGAGCGCUUGAUGACAUUAACCCGUUGGAACUCUGGCUGGUUCCUGUGGCACAAGAUGAGCGCAGCCCCUGUGGAUACACCUUCCUCACCUGCUGCCUUCCCUGCUCAGGGGAGAAGAGCUGUGUGACUCCUGAAAGGAGUCCUGGAAGGCAGACACACUGCUAAAGAUGUACAUCCCUCAUCCCGGCAGCUGGGAGGUGCUGUGCCAUGGGGGCAGGCGCAGUGUGUUGUGCUUGCCCUUGGCAUGGCUUUUGCCAGCAAUGAAACAGGAUACCGACGUGCUUAUGUUAGUUGAUUCUGGUGGAAUGAAGGGCUUUGCAGAUGAUGUCUUUUUCAUGCUUUUGGAGUCCACCCAGAGUUGCUUUUGAUGCAUUAAUGAUGAUUCUUGCUGGAAAAAAAGAAAAAAAAGUUACCCUAAUGGAAAAACUUGUUUACACAGAAGUAUUUUAUCAGGCACAGAUGACCCUAAAACACUGUCAAGUAUCUUGAAGUUAAUUUUAGAUGUCACUUUAACCUUUUUAUAAAGCUUUUGAAAAAAUA